GGCGACACAGCACUUCAUAAUGCAUCUUCGAACGGACAUAUAGACAUAGUCAAGCUGCUUCUCGACAAGGAAGCCGAUGUCUCCGCUGCAAGCAAGGAUGGCUGGACGUCACUUCAUAGUGCAUCUUUGAACGGACAUACUAAUGUAGUCAAGCUGCUUCUCGACAAGGAAGCCGACGUUAUAGUUCAAGAUAAGGAUGGCGACACAGCACUUCAUAAUGCAUCUUCGAACGGACAUAUAGACAUAGUCAAGCUGCUUCUCGAGACGGGUUCCAAUCCUAGUCGUGUAAAUACCCAGGGAUGGACACCGCUU